AUCUGAUAUAAUUGCUACUAGUGUCACAACAGAGGCUAUAUCUCCAACUGAUACUGAAGCGACAACAGAGUCUGAUAUAACUACUACUAUUGUCACAACAGAGGCGGUAUCUCCAACUGAUACUGAAGCAACAACAGAGUCUGAUAUAACUGCUACUAGUGUCACAACAGAGGCAAUAUCUCCAACUGAUACUGAAGCGACAACAGAGUCUGAUAUAACUGCUUCUAUUGUCACAACAGAGGCAAUAUCUCUAACUGAUACUGAAGCAACAACAGAAUCUGAUAUAACUGCUACUAGUGUCACAACAGAGGCGGUAUCACGUACUGAUACUGAAGCGACAACAGAGUCUGAUACAACAGCUUCUAUUGUCACAACAGAGGCAAUAUCUCUAACUGAUACUGAAGCAACAACAGAAUCUGAUAUAACUGCUACUCGUGUCACAACAGAGGCGGUAUCUCCUACUGAUACUGAAGCUACUGCAGAGUCUGAUACAACAGCUACUAGUGUCACAACAGAGGCAAUAUCUCCAACUGAUACUGAAGCAACAACAGAGUCUGAUGUAAUUGCUACUAGUGUCACAACAGAGGCGGUAUCUCGAACUGAUACUAAAGCGACAACAGAGUCUGAUAUAAUUGCUACUCGUGUCACAACAGAGGCGGUAUCUCCAACUGAUACUGAAGCAAUAACAGAGUCUGAUAUAAUUGCUACUAGUGUCACAACAGAAUCAAUAUAUCCAACUGAUACUGAAGCAAUAACAGAAUCUGAUAUAAUUGCUACUAGUGUCAUAACAGAGGCGGUGUCUCCAACUGAUACUGAAGGAAGAACAGUGUCUGAUAUAACUGCUUCUAUUGUCACAACAGAGGCAAUAUCUCCAACUGAUACUGAAGCAACAACAGAAUCUGAUAUAACUGCUACUAGUGUCACAACAGAGGCGGUAUCUCGAACUGAUACUGAAGCGACAACAGAGUCUGAUAUAAUUGCUACUAGUGUCACAACAGAAUCAAUAUCUCCGACUGAUACCGAAACAAUAACAGAAUCUGAUAUAAUUGCUACUCAUGUCACUACAGAGGCAGUAUCUCCAACUGAUACUGAAGCAAGAACAGAAUCUGAUAUAAUUGCUACUCGUGUCACAACAGAGGCGGUAUCUCCAACUGAUACUGAAGCAAUAACAGAGUCUGAUAUAACUGCUUCUAUUGUCACAACAGAGGCAAUAUCUCAAACUGAUACUGAAGCAACAACAGAAUCUGAUAUAAUUGCUACUAGUGUCACAACAGAGGCUAUAUCUCCAACUGAUACUGAAGCGACAACAGAGUCUGAUAUAACUACUACUAUUGUCACAACAGAGGCGGUAUCUCCAACUGAUACUGAAGCAACAACAGAGUCUGAUAUAACUGCUACUAGUGUCACAACAGAGGCAAUAUCUCAAACUGAUACUGAAGCGACAAC